AUGUCUACGGUCUCAGCAACAGCAUCUUCGUCCGUGACACCCAAAGUCACAAGCGUCCACCCCGGUGUCUCAGCACAAGUUGGAUCGUUGGAGCCCCCAGCAGGGACCACGGCAAGCUCGUCGUCCACCACCCAUGCCCAGGGCAGCAGCGUCAACAAGAGUGCCAACGACAAUGACAACAGCAGCAAUAGUAGCAACAGCAGCAACAACAACAACAACAUCAGCGUUCCUGCCACCCCGAAGCAGCACCCAGCAUCUUCCCCAGCGGCGACAUCCACCCGCUCAACCUCCAAGCACCAGGAUCAUGCUGACGACCAAGCGCCUCGCCCACACUCCCCUCAAGCUUCCCCAUCGCAUGCUGCGCAGCCCAGCAGCGGCGGCAGCGUGGCGAAACCUCGUUCGCACCGGAGGUCGCGGCGUGGCAAAGCGUUGGCGGCAUCGUCGGGGGAUGAUUCUGAUGGCGGGGAACACAGCGGCAAGCACAGGCCCCGCAAGGAGAAGACAGGCCAUCGCACCGUCAACACGGUGACGGGCGAGGUCAAGUACAAGAAAGUCAAGUCGACGGAGCUGAUGGCGGCGAUUCAAAUGGGCAUGCGCCAAGCCAUCGGAUACACAAUGCAGAAGAAGAAGCGCGACAUCCUCAUGCAGGACUUUCAAGAGGUAGAGAGCCUCUACUACCCAAGGGAGGGCACCAAUUCGACGCCACCGCACAAGUUUGAGAACUUCAAGUUUUACACAUAUGCGCCCCGCGCUUAUCGCCAUUUUCGCGACAUCUUCAACAUCGAUACAGCGGACUUUCUGCUGUCAAUGUGCCACAAACCACUCCGCGAGCUCUCAAACCCUGGCGCAUCUGGCUCGCUGUUUUGGCUCUCGCACGACGAUCGCUUCAUUGUGAAGACCAUUCAGAAGGGCGAGCACAAGUUCCUGACCAAGCUCCUCCCGCAGUACUACCUCAACUUGCAUCAGAACAAGCGCACGCUUCUGCCCAAGUUCUUUGCGCACUUUUGCUACAAGAGCUCCACGGGCCGCCACAUCCGCUUCAUUGUCAUGAACAACAUCCUCCCUUCCCACCUCGAAUACCAGGAGCGAUACGACCUCAAGGGCUCGACGCGGGGCCGGUUUGCGAGCGAGCGCGAGAAGCAAAAGAAGUCGCCAACACUCAAGGAUCUCGACUUUAACGACAUCCAUGAGGAGGGCCUGACGCUGCCGAGCAGGACAUACGAUCGCCUGUGCAACACGCUGCAGCGCGACUGUCGCAUUCUCCGCAGCUACAAGAUCAUGGACUAUAGCCUGCUCCUGGGCAUCCACAACAUCACACGUGCGAGUCAGGCGAAGCCGGCGCUCCCCGCAACGUCUGCGCAUCAGUUCACAAUCUCGACGCACGCGGCGAAUGAAUACUUUCCGCACUCGAUCCUGAUCUCUGAUGCGCCGGAGGGCCACGACGACCUCAACGGGCGAUACCGAUCGGCCGCCGCACAGGACAAGGACGGGCACCCAUGGUACUCAAAGGAUCUGCGGGACGGCGGGCGGCUGUAUCUGUUGUACCGUGAGUCAGACAAGUCCUGGAUCAUCUCGUCCGACCCCUCGGGCAUUGACGAGGAGGAGGUGGAUGUGAUUGAGCAGGAGACAGGAGGCCUCAUUGCGUACAAUGAGAAGGGAGAGAAGUUGCUGAUCUUCCUUGGAAUCAUCGAUAUUCUGCAGAGCUACGGCAUGCGCAAGAAGCUCGAGCACACAUACAAGAGCGUCGUGUUUGAUGGCGACUCUGUGUCCGUGCACCGCCCUGGCUUCUAUCAAAACCGCUUCCAAGAGUAUCUCACACAGCGCGUUUUCCGUGCUCAGCUCGGCCCGGGAAACACCUCCACGGACAAUGCUGCGCAGCCACAAAGCUUCAAGCGCAGGGGCCGCACGCAAUCGUUCGUUCGCACCCGCAGCCGGAAUGCAUCGCAACGCGACGACGACGAUGACGACACCCAACCGAAGCAGCAGCCGCUCGAUCAUGACCAACACAGCAAGGAUCAGGACCAGCAGCAGCAGCAGCAGCAGCAGCAGCAGCAGCAGCAGCAGUUGCUUCGACCGGAAUCACCGCGUGUUGUUGGCGUGACGCUCAUGUCUGACGACGACGUGCGACGGUCGCGCGACACGUCGCCGCGGUCCCGCCGCCGCCGCAUCACCAGCACCGCGCUCGACACAUCCACAGCAGAGGACGAGGAUGGUGAUGCAGACGACAGAGGCAAUACGGCCAGCACCGCCAACACGGCGGGCACAGAGGGCGCGCUUACAGAGGCUGUCGAGGAGCAGGACGAAGCGAGCGGUGCUGGCGAACAGCAACAGCAGAAGGAGGCGGAGGUGAAAGGUGUGGAAACUAAUGCGUCUCCGGCGAGCGGCGAUGGGAAGAAUGAGGGCUCGAUUGUGGUUGUCUCUGAGGGAGAAGAGAACGUGCAGAUGGAGGCGAAGGUGCCGACACAGCGCACCGCAGCCACAGCUGACAAUGAUGAUGAACAUGAUGAUGACGGCGAUGAUGAUGACGAUGAUGACGGCGAUGAUGAUGAUGAUGACAAUGAUGUAGUGGAAGAGGAGGAGGAGGAGGAGGAGGACACCUCCUGUGAAGCAUCGAGCGAACCUGUGGAAGCGGUGGUUGCACGUGUGGAAGACACGCCACAGCCGGAGGCAUCAGCGCCAGCUGCGACGGAAGCGUCGCAGUCCACAAACACCACCAGGAACAACGAGAACAACACCAGCAGCAACGAGAAUAAUAACCACAACGAUGACAACACGACUUUGCAGGGCACCAGCGACGCUGACACUGGUGCCAGCGAUGUCGACAGGCCUGGGCCCGCGCGCACGGCGUGGGGCAGCAGCGAUGCCGGUGUUGCAGCAGCGACGGCGACGGCGCUGUUGUCAGCGGACAACGACGGUGACAGCUCCGAGUUGGAUGUGGACGAUGUUGGCACGGAACCAGCGCACGCACACCAGCAGCUGCCCUCUCGCGUUCCUCUCAAUGUGCAGCACUCCUCGUGUUAG